UUUUUCCGAUGGAAGCUUCUCCUUUUGGCUGCUGACGGAGGCGCUGGAAGAUGCCGAGUUGCUGCCACGCCACCGAGCAGAGGCACGUUCCGGAAGGGCGCCGGGGCACGCGUGUCUCUAAGCUGCCUUUCUGCUCUCGUUGCUAGGGUAAUGGUCCAGGAGUGCCGGCUGUGAGCUGCCCCUCUCUUCAAGCCGGAGACUGCGGUUGUCAUUGAUCAGUUGAAGAAGCAGGACCCGAAAUUACAAAUAUUAGCAAUGAUGUGUGAAGUGAUGCCCACGAUUAAUGAGGACACCCCAAUGAGUCAAAGGGGGUCCCAGAGCAGUGGCUCGGACUCAGACUCCCAUUUUGAGCAGCUGAUGGUGAAUAUGCUAGAUGAAAGGGACCGUCUGCUAGACACUCUUCGGGAGACCCAGGAAAGCCUCUCCCUUGCCCAACAAAGACUUCAGGAUGUCAUCUAUGACAGAGAUUCACUCCAAAGACAGCUCAAUUCAGCCCUGCCACAGGAAUUUGCUGCACUGACAAAAGAAUUAAAUGCCUGCAGGGAACAACUUCUAGAAAAGGAAGAAGAAAUCUCCGAACUUAAAGCUGAAAGAAACAACACAAGACUGUUACUGGAGCAUUUGGAGUGCCUUGUGUCACGACAUGAAAGGUCGCUAAGAAUGACAGUGGUAAAACGACAAGCUCAGUCCCCCUCAGGAGUAUCCAGUGAAGUUGAAGUUCUCAAAGCACUGAAAUCCUUGUUUGAGCACCACAAGGCUUUGGAUGAAAAGGUAAGGGAGCGACUGAGGGUUUCUUUAGAAAGAGUCUCUGCACUGGAAGAAGAACUAGCUGCUGCUAAUCAGGAGAUUGUUGCAUUACGCGAACAAAAUGUUCAUAUUCAAAGGAAAAUGGUAUCCAGUGAGGGAUCCACAGAGUCAGAACAUCUUGAAGGGAUUGAGCCCAGUCAGAAAGUCCAUGAAAAGCGUUUGUCCAAUGGUUCUAUAGAUUCAACAGAUGAAACUAGUCAAAUAGUUGAACUACAAGAAUUGCUUGAAAAGCAAAACUACGAAAUGGCACAAAUGAAAGAACGUUUAGCCGCCCUGUCUUCCCGAGUGGGAGAGGUGGAACAGGAAGCAGAGACAGCAAGAAAGGAUCUCAUUAAAACAGAAGAAAUGAAUACUAAAUAUCAAAGGGACAUCAGGGAGGCCAUGGCACAGAAGGAAGAUAUGGAAGAGAGAAUCACGACCCUUGAGAAGCGUUACCUCAGUGCUCAGAGGGAAUCUACCUCCAUACAUGACAUGAAUGAUAAACUAGAAAAUGAGUUAGCUAAUAAAGAGGCCAUCUUACGGCAGAUGGAAGAGAAGAACAGACAACUACAAGAACGUCUUGAGCUGGCUGAGCAAAAGUUGCAGCAGACUAUGAGAAAGGCUGAGACCUUACCUGAAGUAGAGGCUGAGCUGGCUCAGAGAAUUGCAGCUCUGACAAAGGCUGAAGAGAGACAUGGAAAUAUUGAAGAGCGUAUGAGGCAUCUGGAAGGGCAACUUGAAGAAAAAAAUCAAGAGCUUCAAAGAGCUAGACAACGAGAGAAAAUGAAUGAGGAGCACAACAAAAGAUUAUCUGAUACUGUGGACCGACUUCUGACAGAAUCUAAUGAACGCCUACAAUUGCACUUGAAGGAAAGAAUGGCUGCUCUUGAAGAGAAGAAUGUAUUAAUUCAAGAAUCAGAAACCUUCAGAAAAAAUCUUGAGGAAUCUUUACAUGAUAAGGAAAGAUUAGCAGAAGAAAUUGAAAAGCUGAGAUCUGAACUUGACCAAAUGAAAAUGAGAACUGGCUCUUUAAUUGAACCUGCAAUAUCAAGAGCUCAUCUAGACACCUCAGCUGAGUUGCGAUAUUCGGUGGGAUCACUAGUGGACAGCCAGUCUGAUUAUAGAACAACUAAAGUGAUAAGAAGACCGAGAAGAGGCCGCAUGGGUGUGCGAAGAGAUGAGCCAAAGGUAAAAUCUCUUGGGGAUCAUGAAUGGAAUAGGACUCAACAAAUUGGAGUGCUAAGCAGUCAUCAUUUUGAAAGUGACACUGAAAUGUCUGAUAUUGAUGAUGAUGACAGAGAAACAAUAUUUAGCUCAAUGGAUCUUCUCUCUCCAAGUGGUCAUUCUGAUGCCCAGACUCUAGCCAUGAUGCUUCAGGAACAAUUGGAUGCCAUCAACAAAGAAAUCAGGCUCAUUCAGGAAGAAAAAGAAUCUACGGAAUUGCGUGCCGAAGAAAUUGAGAACAGAGUGGCUAGUGUGAGCCUGGAAGGCCUGAAUUUGGCAAGGGUCCACCCAGGUACUUCCAUCACUGCCUCAGUUACAGCCUCCUCACUGGCCAGUUCAUCUCCUCCAAGUGGGCACUCAACACCAAAGCUCACCCCGCGAAGCCCUGCCAGGGAAAUGGAUCGGAUGGGAGUCAUGACACUGCCAAGUGACUUAAGGAAACAUCGGAGAAAGAUUGCAGUGGUGGAAGAAGAUGGUCGGGAAGAUAAAGCUACAAUUAAAUGUGAAACCUCUCCUCCCCCUACACCUAGAGCUAUCAGAAUGACUCACACCCUCCCCUCUUCCUACCACAAUGAAGCUCGAAGUAGUUUAUCUGCCUCCCUUGAGCCAGAAAGCCUUGGGCUUGGAAGUGCCAAUAGCAGCCAAGACUCUCUUCACAAAGCCCCCAAGAAGAAAGGGAUCAAGUCUUCAAUAGGACGUUUGUUUGGUAAAAAAGAAAAAGCUCGACUUGGGCAGCUCCGAGGGUUUAUGGAGACGGAAGCUGCAGCCCAGGAGUCCCUGGGGUUAGGGAAACUUGGAACUCAAGCUGAAAAGGAUAGAAGACUAAAGAAAAACACAUCUGGGCAUGAACUUCUAGAAGAAGCUCGGAGAAAGGGAUUACCUUUUGCCCAGUGGGAUGGGCCCACUGUGGUGGCCUGGCUAGAGCUCUGGUUGGGAAUGCCUGCUUGGUAUGUGGCAGCUUGCCGUGCCAAUGUGAAGAGUGGUGCCAUCAUGUCUGCUUUAUCAGACACUGAGAUCCAGAGAGAAAUUGGAAUCAGCAACCCUCUGCAUCGCCUAAAGCUCCGAUUAGCAAUCCAGGAGAUGGUUUCCCUGACAAGCCCUUCAGCUCCUCCAACGUCCCGAACACCUUCAGGCAAUGUUUGGGUGACCCAUGAAGAAAUGGAAAACCUUGCAGCUCCAGCAAAAACGAAAGAAUCUGAGGAAGGAAGCUGGGCCCAGUGUCCGGUUUUUCUACAGACCCUGGCUUAUGGAGACAUGAACCAUGAGUGGAUUGGAAAUGAAUGGCUUCCCAGUCUGGGGUUACCUCAAUACAGAAGUUACUUUAUGGAAUGCUUGGUAGAUGCAAGAAUGUUAGAUCAUCUAACCAAAAAAGAUCUCCGUGUCCAUUUAAAAAUGGUGGAUAGUUUCCAUCGAACAAGUUUACAAUAUGGAAUUAUGUGCUUAAAAAGGCUGAAUUAUGACAGAAAAGAGCUAGAAAGAAGACGGGAAGCAAGUCAACAUGAAAUAAAAGAUGUGUUGGUGUGGAGCAAUGACCGGGUUAUUCGUUGGAUACAAGCAAUUGGACUUCGAGAUUAUGCAAAUAAUAUUCUCGAGAGCGGUGUGCAUGGCUCACUAAUAGCCCUGGAUGAGAACUUUGACUACAGCAGCUUGGCUUUAUUAUUACAGAUUCCAACACAGAACACUCAGGCAAGGCAGAUUCUUGAAAGGGAAUACAAUAACCUCUUGGCCCUGGGAACUGAACGGCGACUAGAUGAAAGUGAUGACAAGAAUUUCAGACGUGGGUCAACAUGGAGAAGGCAAUUUCCUCCUCGUGAAGUACAUGGAAUCAGCAUGAUGCCAGGCUCCUCAGAAACAUUACCAGCUGGAUUUAGGUUAACCACAACAUCUGGACAGUCAAGGAAAAUGACAACUGAUGAUGUCAUCUUUUCAGUCUACUCUACCUAAAGUGCACUACCAUCAAAGAAGACGAGUAGUGAAACCUUUGUGAAGACUGAGUUCUAAGAAAAUUAUGAAAAGUAGUGGUUCAUUAUGCUGACCAUGUAAUUUGAGGAAGAGUCAGAUACCAAGUUUGAUUAGUUUACUACAAUUAUAAUAAAAUACUUAAGUCAUUUGAAAACUAAGCAUCAUCCACAUCAUAAAUUCUGUACAACAGAAGCUUUUCUGAAAUGGAGACACUUGUUUUAUCAUGUUUUAUUGUAAUAUACUAGGCAUUUAUGUAUGACUGUGUAUGUAUUUCUUUUUAAAUGUGUAAGUCUUAUGUAAAUGGAUAUAAAUAUGAUUUUUUUAAAAAAUAAAAUAUAUGGUUCAUGGAGUCUCGAGUGCAAACAUUUGACAAUUACAAGUAUUGUUUGUAUUUUACCAUUCCACCAUUUUUACAGUUUUUGAAUUGUUAACAGUCAAAUCAAUGUUUCCUUGAAGCAGGAAACAUGCUUUACCAUGUUUCUCCUUCAAGUCUGUCGAUACUUAAAGCUGAACACCUGCCUCUGAUCAUGUAUGAAAGAAUGAUUUAACCUGGAACUGGAGCCAAAAAAUGGACCUUUAAAGGCAAUCAGGGAUGUCCUUUAUCUUUAGAAAAGCACUGUGAUGGCUCGAUCUCCUUUUCAAUACAAAACAAAGCCAAACUGUUUAUAAGAGUUAAAGCAAUUGUUUAAAAA